CCGAUGAUGACGUCACACAUUUCGUCAGGACGCCGGCCAUCUUCACGUGUGCUCUGGAAAUUUCUCAACUCGAAUGGACCUAAGGUUCUCUGAAAGUCAGAGGAUUUCUUUUUCCACCAGGAUUACAACCAGGAUUACAACUAAUAAGGUUCCACAGUCUAGAUCCUGACCGGGAGCUUGGAAUUAUCGUUAGGAAUAUUAUUUUUUAAAUCUUUGUGAAACCACCAGGAAGAGAGGGACAUAUCACACAAUGUCUGUCGUGGGGUUCGAUCUCGGAAACCUGUCGUGUUAUAUCGGUGUGGCCAGACAAGGAGGCAUAGAAACCAUCGCCAAUGAAUACAGCGACAGAUGUACACCGACAGUGGUAUCAUUUGGAGAGAAACAGAGAUCGAUCGGAACACCGGCAAAGAACCAGAUGGUGACGAACUACAAGAACACAGUGUACCAGUUUAAGCGGUUCCUGGGCCGGCGGUUCCAGGACCCUCAGGUCCAGUCUGAGCUGCAGCAUGUCCAGUACAGGGCCGCAGAGAUGCCCGACGGAUCAACCGGGAUGAAGCUCCACUACCAGGGUGAGGAGCAUAUCUUCAGUACAGAGCAGAUCACAGGGAUGAUACUCACAAAACUUAAGGAGGUCUCUGAGAUGAACCUUAAGGUCAAGGUGGUGGACUGUGUCAUUUCUGUCCCAUGUUUCUUCACUGAUGCGGAGAGAAGAGCAGUUCUGGACUCAGCCUCCAUCGCUGGGCUCAACGUCCUCAAACUCAUGAACGACACAACAGCAGCUGCCCUUGCGUACGGUAUCUACAAGCAGGACCUCCCAGCUCCGGAGGAGAAGCCGCGGAACGUCGUGUUUGUGGAUAUGGGCUACAAGUCUCUCCAAGUGUCCGCCUGCGCUUUUCACAAGGGCAAACUCAAGGUCUUAGCGACAGCGUUCGAUUCGAAUCUCGGCGGGCACAACUUUGACCUGCGGCUGGCGGAACACUUCGCGGAGGAGUUCAAGAAGAAGUACAAGGUGGACGCCAAGACGAAGCCGCGCGCGAUGCUGCGUCUCCUGACGGAGUGCGAGAAGCUGAAGAAACUGAUGAGUGCCAACGCCACAGAGAUCCCCAUGAACAUCGAGUGCUUCAUGGACGACAAGGAUGUUACUGGCAGGAUGAAGAGGGAAGACUUUGAAGCGAAGAUCGCAGACCUGUUGGCUCGAGUUGAGGGGCCUCUCAAGUCUGUGCUGGAGCAAACCAACCUGAAGCCAGAUGCCAUUGACUCAGUUGAGAUCAUCGGAGGACAGACACGCAUGCCGGCCAUCAAGGAGAUCAUUAAGAAGGUGUUUGGGAAGGAGACCAGUACGACCUUGAACGCCGACGAGGCCGUGGCCAGAGGAUGUACUCUACAGUGUGCUAUGCUGUCGCCGACAUUCCGCGUACGUGAAUUCUCUGUCACGGACGUCGUCCCGUUUCCCAUUUCGCUCAGCUGGAAGGCUGCGAUCGACGAGGAAGGGGACAUGGAAGUUUUCACCAAGAACCACGCAGCGCCGUUCUCCAAGAUGCUGACCUUCUACCGCAAGGAUCCCUUCACUCUGCAGGCUAGAUACUCUCUACCCAACGAUAUCCCUCACCCUGACCCUGUCAUUGGCAAGUUCUUCAUAGACAAGGUGGUGCCGACCCCUGAGGGUGAGAGUGCAAAGGUCAAGGUGAAGGUCAGGGUCAACAUCAAUGGCAUCUUCACGGUGUCGAGCGCCCAGCUGGUGGAGAAACUUCCUCCUCAAGCAGCCGAGGAGGAGAAGAAAGAAGAAGAGACUAAGAGUAAAGAUGGUAAGAAGAAGAAGAAGCAAAAAACAAAAGAUGUCGACAAGUCAAAGGGAGAUGCCAAGGAGGAAGAAGACAUGGAGACCGACCAGACGCCAAACGGACCAAGUGAGAACCAGAAUGGCGAAACUCCUGCAAGUGAUGACGACAAGACAGCCGAAGAUGGAAAGAAAGAGGAGAUGGAAACUGAUGAUAAAGAGAAAACAGCAACGGAUGAAACUGAAGACAAUUCUCCUAAGAAAAAGGAGAAGAAAGAUGAUGGUAAGAAGGAAGGGAAGGAGCCAGCACCAAAGAAACCUAAGAAGUUGGUGAAGAUGGUCGACCUCCCCAUCGAUACCAAAGUACACCAACUGUCAAAGGACCUCAUCAACUCAUACACAGAACAAGAGGGUAAGAUGAUCAUGGCAGACAAGCUGGAGAAAGAACGGCAGGAUGCCAAGAACGCGGUGGAGGAAUAUGUGUAUGACAUCAGAGACAAGCUGUACGGAGACUUCGAACCCUUCAUCACAGAGGAGGAGCGGGAACAGUAUUCAGUAGUCCUGGGUACCACAGAGGACUGGCUGUACGAAGACGGGGAGGACCAGCCCAAACAGGUGUACCUGGACAAGAUCGCCGAGCUCAAGAAGACGGGAGAACCCGUCAGGGCCAGAUAUAAGGAGGAGCUGGAGCGGCCGGCUGCCUUCGAGGACCUGGGCAAGACUCUACAACAGUACAGGAAAGUCUUGGACUUGUACACACAGAAGGAUGAGAAGUACAACCACAUAGAAGCUGAGGAGAUGAAGAAAGUGGAGAAGGAGGUAGCCGAGAAGCAGAGCUGGUUAGACGGGAAAGCUCAGGCCCAGAAGAACCUGCCUCGCCACCAGGACCCUGCCGUCAAGGUCGCACAGAUCAGAGCGGAGAUCAAGGCCCUGGAUUCCAAAUGCAAGGCCAUCGUCAACAAGCCCAAACCCAAGGCAGAGCCCCCCAAGGAGGAAAAGAAGAAAGACGAGAAAGAAAAGAAGGAGGGAAAGGGAGAAAAGGCAGCGGAAGGUGCUCCGAAGGAAAACGAAGCACAGGAGAAUGACACAAAAGAGGACUCAGUAAACGGAAACAACAAUCCUGAUAAGACAACAACAGGGAAAGAGGAGGAUGAUCCUUCUAUGGAACUAGACUAGGCAACAUUUAACUAAAUCCCGUAGAGAUGAUAGUGUAACUGUAUCAAUCACAGUGUAGAUACUCGGACGACGCAUGAGUGACACCUGUCAAAGUGCUACACAAGCAUACGCAAGACAAACAUCGUAACUGCCAGAACAUUUUCAUUGUAAAGUUCUACUUCUAGGAUCAUGGGAGAGAAAAACAAAGGGUGAGAAGUUAGACAACAAAAGCUGUACAGAACUAACUGCCCCAAAAUGCAUACAACAACAACAACAAUUAUAAGUCAGACUUAUUCUAAGAGGUUUACGCUUUUGCAGACCGGCGAACUGCUUGUGUCAUAGGGGCUAACAUAACGUCAUAUCCAUGAAAGUGUGAAUGGGUUUUAGGAACUUCAAGAUGUUUGCAUUGAAAAGAAAUGAACAGUUCUCCAACUCCAAAAAAAAAUUGGAGUCAUCAGAAUUUUUUUUUGGAAUGACACGCUCAAUCUUCUUCAGCCAUCUGAUCCAAUUGUUGUGGACAUGUGACACGUUUGACAAGUCUACAUAUGCCAGCAACAUUAGCAACAUGGGUCGAAGUAGGAGUUUGAGAACAGUUUGAUUAUUGAACCAAUUUAGAGUAGUUUCCAUAUGCAUGCUUCGAUGUGGAUGUAUUAGAUGCUUUCGAAUGUUGUACAUGAACAUUGUUUAUCGCCCCUUUAACACAAGUUGUUUCGUAGUCUGGGAAAGUAUGAGCUUGUCUGUUGGUUUGUCCCGACCUUGCAAAGUGUAGUUAACUGACUCAGCUUGCAUGAGUUCGAGUUGUAUCAAACUUUUCUAUCCUAACUUACGGAAUGAUUCACCUGAAUUUGUCCUGGAUAGUCAAAGCUGCCGACCAACAAGUGCUUUCCCCCCUCAAGUAUGUAGUUGUAAAGUGUCUGUUACGUAAGUCGAUGAUCUGACAUGAAACUGUAAAAAGGUGUCGUCCAAAAACAUGUAUAAAAGCUGUGUGAAGAAAAUUGAGAGAUUGACAAGUUCUUCAAAGGGCCAGUGAAGCUACUAUGGUUUUAUAGUCUUAGGUUGUUACUACAAGCUAAGGAAACUUUAGCGACGAUACCAUUUAAAGGGGAGGGGCAUGAGUUAGGAUGAAUUGCACAUUCGUAUUAUUGUCUAUACUUAGUGAACGGUGCACAGUAGUAGGAAUUGUAAUUGUAAAAAAAAAUUAAUCUGUACAUGUGUGUCGUGCUAUUGUUAAUGCUCUUGGAAUUCUCUUGCGCAGAUUCAAACUGGAACCUAGAACCCUGCUUAGUUCGACUCUGCUUGCCUGCCCUGCUGUUUCCACUAUAGAAUUGGGUCGUUGCCUCUGAGUGGCUUUCAGCCAAUCGGAGAAGAUGCCUUUGUGCUGUCCAAAAGGCAAAAAAGUUUGUGCUAAAUAAGUUUAUUGUUUCAUAACCAAGACAGUUGUCUGAGAACAUGCCACACUGUUCCACCAAGGUUGUCCGUCAUUUUUUUCUGCAUCCAAACUUAUCAGAGACCAAGCAACCCUUUGAAACGACUAUCCUCUUGCAAAAAUAUCCGGAAAGUCUGUGUUUCACCAGCCAGCAUGCACAUCAUGUUAGAAAUUUCUGGCACUCUGGGUGCUGAUUGGCUUGUACCAUAUAAGGCAAGCUCAUUAAUAUUUAUGAGCAAGACGGGUCAAUUAGGAAAAAAAGGCAAUGUAAGAAAGCAGAGUUGAAGAACUAAGUGGAGUUCUAUGCCACGGGUUUGAAUGUGCGUAUGAGAAUACAUCCUCGGAUGGCUUGGAGUUCCUUUCUUGAAAGGCCCGAAGUAGUUCAGUAAUUUAGAAUAGAGCAGUGUUAGUAGACCGCUCACUAGUUUUCGAUAGAAAAAAAAGAACAGGUAGGAAACUUUCUCAUCCGGUGGGGGAUCUGUUAUGCCAGUCAGCUUAUACAAGGGCAGGUCUUCGAGCUACUGUACAUGUGUAUGUCUUUCCCGUAAAUUGGCCAAAAUUACUGGAUAAUAUGAACAGUUAUUGUAAAUUCAUUUUAAGUUUGCAUUGCAACAGUAGUAUACUAAUAUUAAUAACGCAGUGCAAGAAAGAACAUGAAUACUUCACGAUUUAGGGUUACCCCCGUAGUGACUGCAAAUCCUUUUGCAUACUUGCCUUCCUUGUGGUAAAUGCACUUACUCAUAAGCACAAAACAGUGUUAUUGUAGUGUUCACAGGUUGUAUGUUCGUAGUUGUGUACAUUGGCAUUGUUAGAAUUAUAGUAAUAUACACCAAUUAAUUCAUGGCCUGUACUUUAUCAUGUAUUUUUUGCUGCUUUCCUCGCAAAGUUUGGAAUCUUUCGCCUGUUUAUUUUCUAUUAUGCAUCCGUACAUUAUUCGUUAUUUCAUAUGUCAAUUAAGCGCUAUUUAAGUUGAUUAGGAAGAAAUCUAUCAUUCCAUGUUUACUGUGGAGAGUGUUAAUAUAUUGGAUGAUAAGAAUGGAGUAGUGCAGUUUGUUUAAAAUCAUACACAUCAAAUAAAAAGGUCUAUGAAGAAUCACGUCGAAAA